AUGCGGACCCCACCGCCGAUGAUCAUCGGGAUUAUCAGUGCUCCUCUUGGGCUAGUCUUGGUAUUUGUAGCUGUGUUAACCCCACAGUGGCGCCAGGGGUCUGUUAAUCUUGGGAAAAACACAGCCAUGAAGUCUGAUGGUCUGUGGGAGUCGUGCCUGGAACUGCAGGACACCAAACAGUGCUGGCCGGUGACCACAGUGUAUCAGAGGGAUGAAAUUGUGCAGUGGUCCAGGGCCCUCAUGCUGAGCUCCCUCUUGGUCUGUGGAAUGGGGAUCAUCGUGGCCAGUGUUGGGAUACGUUGCUGGAUGGACUUCCCCCUUCGUAAUGUAGCUGGAGCUAGUGGAGUUGUCAUUAUCCUGGCUGGAUCUUUGUGUAUCACCCCACUGACUCUCUACAUGAUGUCCAUGCAGGAAAUCAGCCCUGACACCCACACCCAGUACCAAAGUGGGAGUUCACUGUACUUUGGCUGGGCUGGAAGCUGUAUUGAGAUCUUUGGAGGAAUAGCUCUCGCUCUGAGCUUCACCUGUCCAACAUUUGAGAAAUGUAGAGAGUCAGGACAAAAUGCCAAAAGACCCUAUGAGGUUGAUUACUAG